CCACCACCACCACCACCACCUCAUCCUCACCCCAGACAACCAUGGCAGGACGUGGUGAAGGAGCUUACAGCUUCUCCCUUACAACCUUCUCGCCAAGUGGAAAGCUCGUACAAAUCGAACACGCCCUAGCAGCAGUCAAUUCGGGAGCCACAUGUCUGGGAAUCAAGGCCACGAAUGCAAUCGUCCUGGCAGUAGAGAAGUCGCCGCCUUCGCCACUAGUGGACACCACCGGACUAGAGAAGCUCGCCAUCAUCUGUCCUAACAUUGGCAUGGUCUACUCAGGAAUGGGACCAGACUUCAGGGUCCUGGUUGCAAGGGCGAGGAAGAGCGCACAGGCAUACUGGAAGAUCUAUGGAGAGUACCCGCCCACAAGAGUGCUGGUGCAGGAGGUAGCCGCGAUCAUGCAGGAGGCAACACAGAGGGGAGGAGUACGUCCGUUUGGCGUGUCACUACUAGUGGCAGGCUACGACUCGCAUCGAGGACCUUCGCUGUACCAGAUUGACCCCAGUGGGAGCUUCUUCAUGUGGAAGGCCAGCGCAAUCGGCAAGAGCGGUGUGAAUGGAAAGGUCUUCUUGGAGAAGAGAUACUCUUCUGAGCUUUCCCUCGAAGAUGCCAUUCACACAUCCAUUCUCACACUGAAGGAGUCGUUCGAGGGGCAAAUGACAGAGAAGACCGUGGAGAUUGGGAUCAUUGGCACAAGCACAACGGCAAAAGUGGGAGGGGGAGAGAAUGAAAAGACGAUGCCCGUCUUUAGAAAGCUCACAGAGGGCGAGAUCCGGGACUACUUGGCAUUGUAGAGAUCAGACUAUAUCCCAAUGACAUUUUACUCACGAAUUGAACUGAAGAGCGACUUUGAGCUGAUGAGCUGCUAUCUCUGCCUGCCUGCGUUGCACUAGUAUGCUUAU